AUCACACACUACCCAGAAUGCACUUCGUCGAGGCAGAUCUUGGUGGCGUUAUGAUGUGGGGAUAUCUCGGCAUCUACAAUUGCAUUUUGCUGUGGGACCUUAUAAAACGGUGUUUGGAUGUUGUAAAGACAAUUUGUCUGUGGCAUUUACCUACUUGGUUUCUGAUUCAAAGAUAUGGCUUAGGACAAAGAUGCAGAAAGCGAGGCUGGAAGAGCCAUGCAGCUGAUUUUUUAAAAAGCGUGAAAGAGAACAACUUUCACAACUAAAGGAGAAAAUUGCUCAUGUCAGUCAACUUGUUAACGACAACAUGGUCAAGUCCAACAUCAAUAAAAGUUCAACGCUCAAUUAUGAUGCGGUGGAAGCAGAGCUCAAAUCCAGCACUGUUGGUCUGGUGACACUCAAUGAUAUGAAGGCCAGGCAGGAGGCUCUUGUGAAAGAAAGAGAAAAGCAACUGGCCAAGAAAGAGCAAACAAAGGAGUUGAUGCUGAAGCUGGAGAAGAAGAGAAAGGAUGCCAGUUUAUCCUUUAAUCCUGAAGAGGAGGAGACAGAGGAGGAAGAGGACUGUGAGUGGUGUUAAUAAUAAAUCAGAUUUCCCUGCCAAGAAGAAGUAGUUAGGGAAGAACCCAGAUGUGGACACCAGUUUCCUGCCAGAACGGGACAGAGAGAUCCGGUGAAAAUAUUGCCUUCAGGAUAAUUCUGGACCCAGAUUUUAUUUUCAUGUUUAACUAUUAAUGUAUUGUCAGAUGCAUUCUCCUUUCAGAUGAAUACAUUGCAAUAACUCUAAAACAUUAGGUUCCUCUUCAUUGUUACUCCUCUACCUUUUUUAUUUAAAUUCCCCAAAGUGUUGUUUCCUAAAUCAUGAAACCAUAGUGAUCUCUUCACCAAUAACAUAACAGUCCUGUUGAAGAAAUAUUCCCAUUUGAAUUCCUAUGAAAAUGUGAUCCUAUUUUUUUUUUUAUACAAAUAAACCUACACUUGGAUGCUGUCCACUUUGUUGAUAUAAAUUAGAUUAUAUCAACUUGAUUUAUUGAUAUAUAUUAUAUAUAAAAUAUAUAUUUUAAUUUGUCCUUGUUGUUUUUAAGUGUCAUGAGAAUAUGGUUUGGUUGGCUCUUGGAGACUGAACAGUUAAAGCGUGCAGGUGCCUGUGUUUUUCUUUUGCCCUUUAGCUUCAAGAUACCACACCCUUGUUUCCUUCACUCUCUCACGUACUCACCCCGAUGUGUCAACUUCAUAGCGUUCUCCAUGCUGUACAUACAAGGACCCGACAACACCUAUUUUUUCACAGAAAACGGAUAUACAGUCCGAUUGGGAGAUGUUUGAGUCCAAGUGCUUUGCUUUUGGGCACUGCUAUGUGUGCUUUGGCAGCAUGCGGAGAUCCAAGCUCAUCUUGCUCCAGGUCCUGACUCUCAGUCAGUACCUCUGGGCCCAGGAGGACCUAACAGCCAUCUCGCCACAGGACUGCAGUCUGGAAUGUGUCCUGCAGGGGGGUCCAGGAUGUGUGUACUGCAGAAUCAGCAGAGAAGAUGUUGCAAGAAUCCUAGGCGUUCCCUCUGUUGAGGCAUUUGGAAGUUGUGUUCCGUGGCCAUGUUUUGUCUUUCUGGGUGGACAGAGCUCUGACGUGUGCCAGCAUUAUGUCCAUGCUCCACACGAUGUGACUGUAGAGUUCGUAGCUGAUGAGAACACUAAAUAUGACACUGUCGUUGUCUCCUGGCAACCCAGCCAGUUUGGGAUCUCCUUCCUCAGAGGGUUCCAGGUCUCCCUUCAGGCCUUGGGAGGAUCUCAUAUGGCCUGUCAGCUUUUUCUCUUUCAAAUCAAUAUUUCUCUCUCUGCCUCACACGCCCAAACGGUGUACCAGUCAGACGCCUUCGCCCGUCUAACCCUGGGGGCCCAGUAUGCUGUCACAGUGAUGGCCCUGCCAGUUCCUGAGUUGUGGGAUAAAUUCUAUCACAGCACAAUGUUCUCCACACGCACAUGCCCGGAGAAAAACGGACUUGAACAUUGCAAGAAAGAUUGGUACCCAAAACAUAUAGAGGUUCAGCAGGAAGAGCAUGACGUUAUUGUGACGUUCAACCUCGCUCCCCCACAUUUUGGAAUCGACCGCUACUUCUCAUUAUGUUAUGGAGAGGGGCGGCGGGGAGGAGGUGGCCUGAAGAGAUACAUCAUUAAACCUAAUUCCACAAAAAACAGAACUCACCACAGUUAUCAUCUCCAAGGCCUGAUGGUAGGGUUCAACUACACGUGUGAGAUCGCAGUUGAUGAGGUAGACGCUGUAAGAAAAACAUUCAAUGUCCAAGUGAUGCAGAUUAAGCAAGAGCCACCUCCCACGGCCACUCCAUCCCUGACCCUGCUGCUCCCUGUUGGCGUUGCCCUGGCAGCCGUGUUAGGGGUGUUAUUACUGGCUGUCGUCUGGAAGAAUCACAGGCAGAUUAGGAGGAAGACGGAGAUAAAUCCAGAAAUAAUCGAGCAACAUCAUGACAAGAAAGGGAACGAGGAACAUGUGUCACUGACCAGCAGGUUAACUCCGCCUCGACUACUGAUUUGCUACAGCAGCGAUGACGGCCAUGCCCAUGUCCGAGCUGUAAUGCAGCUAGCAGUCUUCCUGCAGCAGCACAUGGCAACACAGGUGUUUCUGGACCUGUGGGAUUCUCUAAGCUUGGCAGAGGAGGGGAUCAUGGGAUGGCACUGCAGGAGGAUCCAGGAGAGUGACUUUGUUCUGGUCAUCUGUUCCCGGGGACUACAGAGGCGGCCAACGGAGAGAGAUGCAGGGGAAUGCAGAAGCACCGCUGCAGCCGUAGUAUCCCUGAUGGGAGAAGAGCUUGGUCGUGCCAAAACCAAGGGGAGAGACAUCUCCAAGUACAUGGCUGCUAUAUUUGAGUACUCUGAGGAGAAGGACAUCCCUGCCGAGCUAGGGUUUGUGUCACGCUACACCCUACCUAGAGACUUGCCUCUGCUCUUCUCCCACAUCCAUGGUGUGGCCCUACAUAAGCCCGGGAAGUAUCUGAGAAUAGAACACAUUACAGAGGAGGGUUACACCAAACUGCCAGCCGGUGCUGCUCUACAAUGGUCUAUAUAUGAAGCUGGCAUGGCAUUGACUAAUCAUCAGGAAUCAUGUGAUGAAUGGAGAGGUAAAUCUCAAGACAAUCAUGUGGAAUGUGUGUGAGCAUCCCAGUUGGGCCCUGCACUGCAAACUCCGGGGCAAUUGACAUAUGACGACUGUAUUACCAGUAUUAUUAAAUCCCUUCUUUCCAAAGUGA